UUAUCAUACAACCAUGAGUGGCUUUUUGAAAGUAACAAUAUUCCGCUUUUAAAAAUAAGUUUUAUUUUUAUGCUUUAGCUACAUAUAUUAGGUAAGUUAUUCAAGUAAGUUCAAAUGAACGUCAAUUUUAGUUGUUUGCAAUGUCUGGCAGCUGCGAAGGGCCAGAAUCUAUGUACGUUAAACUUAUUUCAAGUGAUGGGUAUGAGUUUAUUAUCAAACGUGAGCAUGCACUAACAUCAGGAACAAUUAAGGCUAUGCUUAGUGGGCCAGCAUUGUUUGAAGAAAAUGAUACUAACGAAGUACAAUUCCGAGAGAUUCCGUCGCAUAUUUUAGAGAAGAUAUGUACCUACUUCGCUUAUAAAGUUCGUUAUACAAACAGCAGUACAGAAAUUCCUGAAUUUCCUAUUCAACCAGAUAUCGCUCUCGAACUCCUAAUGGCAGCUAAUUUUCUAGAUUGCUGAUGUAAAAAAAAAAACGUUACAUUGUAUUAUAUCUUUAGAUUUUUCA